CUGAUACAAACGACUCCAACUCGACACUGGUGUACUUUUCGUUUCCUAGGGAGGAGUCAGACGAUAGUUUCUUUAUUAAAGUGACAUGUUUAUCAAAUUAACAGUAAUUAUACAACAUGUAUCGCUCCACGUAUCCAUAAUGUAGUAUAUGCACGUUGUUGACGUAAAGCUUUUGUUUGGGAAUCAGAUAAUUUUCGAUAAAAAGGAAAAGAUCGAAGGAAACUGACGGAACAGGAAGGCGGAACAAAAUCGCAGACUAAGUCGAAACAAAAACCAAAAGAGUGUCCAUAACAACAUUUCUGCACUGGUUGUUUACACAACCUUUUGACUGCUUCUAAUUCAACUGUAAAUAAUUCACCAGACGCAUUCAAACAAAUUGCCUGGCGCCACCACAUGCAACCAUGUCCAUGGCCCUGAAACAAGUCUUCAACAAAGACAGGACAUUCCGACCCAAGCGCAAGUUUGAGCCUGGGACGCAGCGCUUCGACCUCCACAAGAAGGCACAGGCGUCUCUGAACGCAGGGCUGGACCUGAAGCAGGCUGUACAGCUGCCCCACGGCGAGGACCUCAAUGACUGGGUGGCCGUCCACGUUGUCGACUUCUUCAACCGCAUCAACCUCAUCUACGGCACCGUUAGCGACUCCUGCACCGAUCAAAUCUGCCCCGUCAUGUCUGGUGGGCCAAAGUACGAAUACCGCUGGCAGGAUGAGCACAAGUACAAGAGGCCGACGGCUCUGUCAGCCCCCAAAUACAUGAGCCUGCUCAUGGAUUGGAUUGAGGUACAAAUCAACAAUGAGAACAUCUUCCCCACCAACGUAGGUACUCCCUUCCCUAAGACCUUCAUGCAGGUGGCUAAGAAGAUUUUGUCUCGUCUGUUCCGGGUGUUUGUCCACGUCUACAUCCACCAUUUUGACCGUGUGAGCCAGAUGGGGGCCGAGGCUCAUGUCAAUACUUGCUACAAGCAUUUCUAUUACUUUGUCACUGAGUUCAACCUCACGGACCACAAAGAGCUGGAGCCUCUGAAAGAGAUGACCUCUCGGAUGUGUCACUGAGGGAGCACAACUGGCCGGUCGACACACGCCCAGACGAACACAUCCGUCCAUCUAGAAGACUGCAGAACUAAAAGAACAAACAAAUUAAAAAAAGAGUCUAUUUUUAUAUUUAAGUACUGUAAUCUAUUUUAGCCUUAUACUGUAGGUUUGAACCUUGUCAGGUGAGGCAUUCUGUUCAUUUUAAGAAAAGUUUUCAAACAUGUUAUCGCAGUAUUAAGAGGUAUAUCUUAGUGUUGAUGUUUUUCUAUUUUAUUUGAAUCUCAAUCAUUCCAGGAUGCUUUUGUCUUUCGUGUGUCUAAACUUAUCUGAAAUUAGUAUGAUUUUUUUCUUACAUUCUAUCUAUAAAAUCACUAUGUUGUUUUUUCCAAAAUGAUCCUCUACUCUGUUAUAAAUUGAAUUUGGCAAUCAGUAUUUAAAUUAACUCUGAAUGGUGUACCUUUCCUUUUUAUCAUGCAGAUAAAGUAUUAUGUUCAAAUGUUACAAUAUAUUUGUUGUUUCUGUGAGUAUUUUCUAUAUUUUGGAGAACAUUUCAUAAAUUUAAAUAAAUGUGUGGCUUUGUACCAGCUAUAUAAAAGUUUGACACAUGUAUAAAUGAACUAAGAGUAAUGGCCUGCGGGUGACUCAGACAUUAUCUAGUCUGUGUCAUCGCACACGUUGGGCCACUGGCCACCAGGAAGGUUCUCAGAUGUCGAACCUGCAGGUGUUUGUUGCAGCUGAAGGUCACACGAGACUCAAACCUCACAUGCCAAAACUCUGGUGGCAGCACACGUUUAAAAGACUCAAUGUUAAAAUGUCCACUGGGUGGCGCCAGACACCAAAACCAAUUUGGAGUGAGGAAAUAAUCCUACAGUUUAAUGUUGUAAGCUUUAUGCAAUCUGCACAAUGUCCCAGUUAUUGUCAUGAAGAGGGGAGGUGGGGCCUUUCUAGACCUGAUUUGGGUUAAUGAUUUGAUUAAACUGGUUAUGUAAGAAACA